CGGGGUGGAUGCUCCGCAUUGUGUAGAUGUCGUAGUCCUGGAGUGUCCAACAACAUCAAUCCUCUUGAUUAGACACCGUGAUGCAACUCUCUGCCCUCGUUACGCUCGCUUGUGCCUCCGCUGCUUCAGCUAAGAACAUCCUCUUGACCAACGAUGACGGUUGGUUAGCCACAGGUAUUAGAGCUGCCUACAACGAGCUCACCAAGGCUGGCCACAACGUCUACCUGGUUGCGCCUGCUGAGCAGAGAUCCGGCUACGGUGGUACCUUCAUGUUCUCAUACACCGACACCCUCUUCCACGACGAUCAGUUCCACUACAAGAAGGCUGGUGACCCAGCCUGGGGCCACGAGGACUUUGACGACCACAUCUGGUACUUCAACGCUACUCCAGCAGCCUGUGUCGCCUUUGCCUUUGACUAUCUGUUGCCAAACUACUUCGCCAACACCAGCAUUGACCUUGUUGUUGCUGGUCCAAACCAGGGAACCAACCCAGACGACUUCUAUACCUUGUCUGGUACCAUUGGAGCCACCUACAACGCCGUCUACAGAGGCUACCCAGCUGUUGCCUUCUCAGGUUCCAACACCAACAACUCCUUCUACAAGGACUCCUUGAACGAGGAUCCAAACGACCCACAAAACAUUUACGGCUCCAAGAUGGUGGAGUUUGUCGACACCUUGUUCGAAGCACAAGGUGAGAACGAGGUGCUUUUGCCUAUCGGAACCGGUCUCAACGUUAACUUCCCAUUGGUCUCCACUGACUCCAAGACCGGGUGCCAAGAUCCAAAGUUCACCUUCUCAAGAUUGACUGGUGAGAAGGCCAUCACCCUUGGCUUGAAGUACAACGAAACCAGUGGUUUGUUCAAGAGUGACGUCCUCUCAGCUCUUGGUGUUCAGAUGGCUUACAACGGUGACGCUUCUUUGCCUUCCGAGGAUCUUGUGCUGGAUUCCUAUGACUGCUACUCCCCAGUCUCCGUGUUCUCCGUCGACUACACUGCUCCUACUACCCCACAAGGUCAGGUCAAGGCUCUUCUUAACAAGAUUUUGGUCGACUUGUGAGUGCCUACUGCUUCUACUUCGUCAACGUCCAGCCCUUCUCCCUUUUUCUUCUUUGUUGAACGGCUUCUCCAACGCAGAGUCGCCUCGAAGAGGUGACGCUGCUUAUUCACCACUUUUAUACCACAAUUGAACGCA